AUGGUCGUCGAACUCACCAACUCGCCCUUCACUCCUGCCGAGAUCGCUGCCCGUGCCGCUGUGGCCGAGCGUGCUCGCAACGUCGCCGCUGCCAACGGUGCGCCGGCCCUCAUUGAACGCCCCGUCGGCGAAGGCCGUCGCCUCCGCGUCGUCUGCAUCGGUGCGGGCUUCAGCGGUAUCGGAGCAGCAAUCUAUCUCCCUCAACACGUGCCCAACCUCGACCUCCAACUCUACGAGCGGGCCGAGGACGUCGGUGGUGUCUGGCAUCAUAACCGGUACAUGGGUGCGGCGUGUGACAUUCCGGCGCACACAUACCAGUUCUCCUUCGCCAAUAACCCGGGCUGGUCCAAGUUCUACGCGGGCCAGGAGGAGAUCAGGCAGUACCUCCUCCGCGUGACAGACCAUUAUGGUAUCCGGCCCAUGAUUCAGUUUCGACACGAGGUGACUGAGGCAAAGUUUAAGGAGGACGUCGGGCAGUGGGCUGUCACGGUCAAGAAUCUCGCGACUGGCGAGACGUUUGUCGAUACGGCCGACUUGGUACUCUACGCCACUGGGCUGUUGUCGCACCCCACCUGGCCCAAGAUCCCGGGCCGCGAGGAUUACAAGGGCAUCCUGCGCCACACGGGUGAUUGGAAGGCCGCGCAGGAGGAGGCCGAGGGCAUGGACUGGAGCGACAAGACAGUCGGCGUGAUUGGUGUCGGCUCGUCUGCGAUCCAGGUCGUCCCAGUCAUGGCGAGCAAGUGCAAGAACCUCGUCAACUUUGGCCGCUCUCCCACUUGGAUCACUCCCACGUUUGGUGAGGAGAUGGUCGAGAAACUCGGGAUGGACAUGAAGACGGCCAACCACAUCUUCACACCUGAGGAAAAGGCCAAAUUCGGCUCAGACCCCGAGGCGUACCGCAACUUCCGGCUGACCAUCGAGCGCGACCUCGGCUCGUUCCACUAUGUGACGCACCGUAACUCGCAGGAACAGGAGUACAUGUACAACGCCGCGCGGGAGGGCAUGGAGAAGAAGCUCGCCUCGCGCCCAGAGAUCGCCCAAUCCCUCAUUCCCAACUUCACCGUCGCGUGCAAGCGCCUUACUCCUGGCCCGGGAUACCUUGAGGCGCUCACCCAGGACCAUGUGACUCUCGAGACUAGCGAUCUCGAAUGUUUCACCGCCGGGGGCCUCCGCACCAAGAGUGGAAAGGAGUACAAGCUCGACGCAAUCAUCUGUGGGACGGGCUUUGACGUGUCCAGCGUGCCCAAGUUCCCAAUCGUCGGUCUGGACGGCAUCAACCUCCAAGACGAGUGGAGCAAGCAGGUAGAGACGUACCUCGCCGUCUCGAUCCCCAAGAUGCCCAACUUUUUCAGCGUGCUCGGCGCACAGGCUGUCGUCGGGACCGGCAACCUCCUCAUCAUGAUCGAGGCUCAGCUUCGGUACAUCGGGCAGGCAAUCAAAAAGAUCCAAGCCGAGGGGUACAAGUACAUGGUCGUCAAGGACCAGUGUGCCAAGGACUUUGCCAGAUACACCGACGACUACUUUGCACGUACGGUGUUUACGACCGACUGCCCGUCGUGGUACAAGGGCGUCAACGAUGGUCACAUUCGUACCCUCUGGCCCGGCUCAAGCCAGCACUGUGUCUUGUCCCUCCGCAACCCUCGGUGGGAGGACUACGAGUUCGAGCGCGAGCCCGAGUACAAGCACACCAUGGCGUGGCUCGGCGAUGGGCACAUCUCUGCCGAGGCCGACCCGGCCUUUUACCACGACGAACUCCGCGCCGGUUUCCGCGAGCAGGUCUUCUUCCCGGUAAAGGCGUAG